AUGGCUGAGCUAGCUGUGCUUAGUGCCUCGGUGAAGGCCAUUGUACAGGGUCCGCUGGAUAAGGUGAUUUCUUUAGUCAACAAAGAAUUUAGCCUGAUCUACGGCUUCAAGAAAGAUCUUGAAAAGCUGAGAGGAUCACUGGCCAUGAUACAGGCCUUCUUGCGAGAUGCUGAGAGACGACCAGUUGGAGAAGAAGCUGUAAAACUGUGGCUGGAGAAACUUGAAGGCGUGGCUUAUGAUGCCGAUGAUGUAUUGGACGAGAUGAACUACAAAAUUCUCCAACACAAAGUAAAGCUACAGAAGAAAGUGGAAAGCAAGGUAAAAAUCUUCAGCUUGCUCUCAAAUCCCUUUUCUUUUAAUAGGGAAUUGGCUGGUAAACUCAAGGACAUAAAUACAAACUUGAAAAGGAUUAACCAGGAAGCAAAUGAGUUUGGCCAUCAGUUCCAUAUCAGAGAUGUGGAUGCAGAUUCUGCUGCUGGUGCUGUGUUUUCUCAUUCCAUAGCAAGAAGCAGAGAGACUGACUCAGUAAGUGUUGAUCCUAAUGUUCUGGGAAGAGAUAAUGAUAAAUCUGAUUUAGUGAAAACAUUGAUGAGAUCAAGGGAUGAAGUUGUUUCAGUUAUUCCCAUUGUGGGAAUGGGUGGAUUGGGGAAAACAACUUUAGCUCGGUUAAUAUACAAAGAUGAAAGAAUUAAGAACUACUUUGAUGCAAGAAUUUGGGUUUGUGGAUCUGAAAAUUUUGAUGUAACGAAGCUUUUUGCCAUGAUGCUCGAAUCAUUGACACAAACACAUGUUGAAGUACAGGGCAGGGAAGCCAUAGUGAAAAACCUUCAAAAGGCUAUAGGGGUUGGAAGAUAUCUUCUCAUACUAGAUGAUGUUUGGAAUGAUAAAGCUGAUAAAUGGGGUGAUUUUAAAAGAUCAAUGGAAGGGAUCAACACAACCAAGGGAAAUAGCAUUUUUGUGACUACACGUAGUGAACAAGUAGCUUCAAUAGUUGCGACGCUACCCCAACAUUUCCUUGGAAAGUUAUCUGAAGAAGAUUGUCUGUCAAUAGUGAAAGCUAGAGCAUUCCCAGGAGGAGAAGCUCCAAGGGAAUUGGACACCAUAGGGAAGAAAAUUGCAGCCAAGUGUCAAGGUUUACCAUUAGCAGCAAAUCUGGUAGGAGGAAUUUUACGCAACAAGGGGAAAUCUGAGUGGAUGUUAAUUUUGAAUGAAGGCCUUUCUCAUGUAAAUGGAGAUGAAAAUGGUAGUAGUAUCUUGCAAAUACUGAAGUUGAGCUUUGAUCAUUUGCCAACUCCUGCUGCUAAAAAAUGCUUUGCUUAUUGCUCAAUCUUUAACAAGGAUUUCAAUUUGAAAAAGGAACAAGUGGUUCAACUAUGGAUGGCAGAAGGAUUUUUGUAUUCAAAUCAAGGAAGUGAUGUGAUGGAGAAAACGGGGAUAAAGAUUUUCCACCUUUUACUGCAAAACUGCUUACUUCAAGAUGUGGAGAAGGAUAUAUAUGAUAAUGUCAUUAGCUGUAAGAUGCAUGAUCUUGUGCAUGAUCUUGCAAGUUCUGUUUCAAGUGCCAAAAGCAGAUGCUUCGCAUUGAGCACAUUGAGUGAAACACCGCAAAAUCUGCUGGAAGAAAAGGCAAGAAAUCUGCGCACGUUGUUCUUGAAACAUGAUGUUUCUCACCAAGUGUUGCUAGAGUUUGUACUCUUGCGCGUACUAAAUUUGGAGGGUGCAGAUCUUGUUAAGGAACUGCCCUCCAAAAUCAACAAGCUAACACAUUUAAGAUAUCUUGAUGUGUCAGGAACCCAAAUUAAGGUUCUGCCAAACUCCAUUUGCAAGUUGUAUAAUUUGCAAACUCUGAGGGCCCUCCAUCUACAUGGUUCUAUCGAUAAGUUUCCACAAAAUUUUCAUAACUUGAUCAGCUUGAGACACCUUCAUUUUUACUUUCCUGAAAGAUUUCAAAUGCCAUUUGGGAUAGGAAAACUGACUGAUCUUCAAGCAUUGUCAUGCUUUAAUGUGGAUCAAGAGAAGGGCCGUAGAAUUAGCGAGCUGGGGUGCUUGAAUAACCUUGGAGGUGAAUUGAAGAUACGCAAUCUAGAACUGGUGAAUGAUGCAGAAGAAGCCAGAAGUGCAAAUUUAUCUGGAAAGCCAAAUAUCUACAAAUUGGAAUAUUACUGGGGAACAAAGAGACAAGGCGACAACCAGGACGAAAAUGUACUGGAAGGCCUCCAACCUCACCCAAAUAUAAAAAGCUUGAAGAUAGAGAACUUCAUGGGCAAUGAGUUUCCUGUGUGGGCUAUGAAAAUGGCUGUCAAAACCGAGAAUGCAUGGUUAUUACUUGAGAAUUUGGUGGAGAUAGAACUAGUCCAGUGUAAAAGAUGUCAAAAAAUUCCAAUGCUCGGGCAUUUACCAUUUCUCCAGCGUCUCAGAUUGCAAGGGCUUACUAAUGUAAGAAUUAUAGCUCCUCCAUCUUAUGGAACUGAUUACUACAUUGGAUCGAGCUGUAGUAGUCUAGGUAGAGCCAUAUGGUUUCCAGCACUUGAAAAUCUCUUUCUAGAGGAAAUGAUGAGCUUGGUAGAAUGGAUUGAUGUUCCAGAUAUGCCAUCUUCAAGUACAACAGCAUCAAGUGAAGUGAGCUUCUUUCCUCGCCUCCAAAAAUUGAUCAUCAGGAAUUGCCCGAAUUUAAGGACCACUCCAAGAAAAUUCCGUUGUCUCGCUAGUUUAAGCAUAGCGGGUGAUGGCAGCAUCUUGCCAUUGUCAAGCAUAUGUAGUAAUGUUUUCACUCUUGAAACACUACGCAUAUAUGGCCUGUCAGAUCUAACAUGUCUUCCAGAUUGUUUAUUUCAAAACAAUCCAAAGCUUGCACAUUUUAACAUGGGCUAUUGCUCAAACCUGACAAAUUUUGCUUCAAACUUGUCAGGCUGUGCCAAUUCUCUUAAGAUAUUGGAGAUUGAGCACUGCGAUAGUCUGAUUGAGUUACCACAAGGAUUACACACCCUCCAGUCACGUGAGAGACUAACAAUAAAUGGAUGUGGCAGUCUCAGAUCCAUACCAGCGCCAGAGUGCCAGGGCCAGGCCAUACUUCUCUUUGUAACUGGGAGUUUGCUGGUUGUCAUGGAUUGA